GUGGUCACCUGGAACGUUGGCACAGCCAUGCCCCCAAACGAUGUGACAUCCCUGCUGCACCUCAACACAGGCGAGACAAAUGAUGCGGAUGUGAUCGCCAUUGGCCUGCAAGAGGUGAACUCUAAGAUAAACAAGCGCCUGAAGGAUGCCCUCUUCACAGACCAGUGGAGCGAGCUCUUCAUGGAUGUGCUGAGCCCCUUCCACUUCAUCCUGGUCAGCACGGUACGGAUGCAAGGUGUGAUUCUACUGGUAUUUGCCAAAUACUAUCACCUCCCCUUCCUGCAGGACAUCCAGACAGACUGCACGAGGACGGGGCUGGGAGGCUACUGGGGCAACAAGGGUGGGGUGAGCGUUCGUCUCUCCAUCUUCGGCCACAUGGUCUGCUUCCUGAACUGCCACCUGCCAGCGCACCUGGAGAAGGCAGAGCAGCGCAAGGAGGACUUUGCCACCAUACUGCACAUGCAGCAGUUUGAGGGGCAUGCGGCCAGCGGCAUCCUGGACCAUGACCUCGUGUUCUGGUUUGGGGACCUCAACUUCCGCAUUGAGAGCCUCGACAUCCGCUUUGUGAAGUAUGCCAUCGACAGCAACAUCCUGAGCCAGCUGUGGGAGAAGGACCAGCUGAACAUUGCCAAAAGCACCUGGCCUGUCCUCAGCGGCUUUCAGGAGGGACCCCUGAACUUCCCACCCACCUUCAAGUUCGAUGUGGGCACCAACAAAUAUGACAGCAGUGCCAAGAAGCGAAAACCUGCCUGGACUGACCGCAUCCUCUGGAAGAUCAAAUCUCCCAGUGUCGGGCUUGGGGUGGGCGGGCGCCGGCCCAGCCGGGGCAUCCUGUCGGUGAGCCAACUCUGCUACUGCAGCCACAUGGAGUACACUGUCAGCGACCACAAGCCAGUAGCUGCUAUCUUUGCAGUGCAGUUUGCUUCCAAGGCAGACAAGCCCCCGGUUGAGAUUUAUGUGGCUGAUGAAUGGAGCAGGCCUGAGCAAGCAGUUGUCAGGUACAAGAUGGCUGCUGGCUUCCACCGGAGCUCCUGGGACUGGAUAGGACUUUACCGGGUGGGCUUUCGGCAUCCUAAAGACUAUGUGUCCUAUGUCUGGGCCAGGAGUGAUGAUGGAGAGCGCUGCCUAGAGAAGCAACUGUGUGCACAGGUGAUGUUCUCGGAGGAGGCACUGCCUAAGGGCAAGGGCGAGUACAUCCUUGGAUACUACAGCAACACCUCCAGCAGCAUCGCUGGUGUGACUGAGCCCUUCCAGAUCUCCUUGCCCAGGUCAGAGGAGGGCAGCAGCCCCACGGACAGCUCAGGCAGCAGCUCAGAAGAGGAGGAUGACAGCACGCUUGUCCUGCUGGCCCCCAAAUCCCGUAGCCCCAGCCCGGGCAAGAUGCAACGGCACCGCAGCCGAAGCCCCAGCCUGGCCAAGUUCCAGGGCCUCAUCCUGCGGCCGUCGAGCCGGGACAGGGGUACAAGCCGCAGUCCUUCACCCCAGAGCCGCCGAGGCCUCCCUGGGGGCAUCCCCACCAUCCACCUGCCCCAGGGCAGCUCCUUCUACCAGACUGUGCGGGAGCAGGGCGGCCCCCGGCGUGUCUCUGCUGACAACCCCCUGGCCAGGGCUGACCCCAGGAACCUGGGCCUGCUGCCUGCACUCCGCCUGGAGAUGAUUGACCCGGCCAUGGGCUGGCAGAGGGAGAGCACAGACCAGGGCUACCCCUGCCAGAGGAUGAGCCCCACCAGCCCCCCGGGCUGCAGCACCUCUCCAAAGGAGGGGAGCAGCCCCCAGGAGCUGGACAGCCAUAGCUGUGCCAUGGGCCGCUGA